GAUGCUGAGGACCUGAGGCGCGGGAGCCCGAACUCGUUGCUCGGGGCGCGGCGCGAAGGGCGGCUCUGGCGGCGCCCAGGCAGGUGGGGAGCCCGGCCGGGCCGGGCCAGCCUUCCCACCGCGUCGCUGGCCGCCGCUCAAUCGCCUGACUUCACACGGUUGGGACGCAGCUCGCGAAGGGGCUGGGGUUCGCCGCAGGAGCGGCGGCAGCGGUUGGAUUUUAAUUGGCUAGAGCGGGCAGGAGCUGUAUCUGUAGGGAGUUGCGAAGGAGUGCUUCGCGGGAGCCUUAUUGGAGGAGGAAACGGGGACUGCGUGCCCGAGGAGCGUGGAGAUGAUAAGGACCGGACGCGUGCUUGAGUAGGAAGGCUCCCGUAUUCUCGGGCUGCACUGGCAUAUGCAUCCAGUUAUUCAUUCAACAAACAUAGAGCUUCCCAACCGUGUCUCCAAGCACUGUGCACAGUUCUGGGAUAAAGCAUCUUACCAUCCCUGCCCUCAUAGAAUUUACAGAUAAUUACUGUCCAUGUGAAAAUGAUAUGAGUUUGGCUGAAUUGGAAGUGUUAUGUACUCACCUCUACAUAGGGACUGAUCUUACGCAAAGAAUAGAGGCUGAGAAAGCACUCCUGGAACUUAUUGACAGCCCAGAAUGUCUCAGCAAGUGUCAACUUUUAUUAGAACAAGGAACAACAUCCUAUGCUCAGCUCCUCGCAGCAACAUGUCUUUCAAAACUUGUUAGCCGAGUCAGUCCUUUGCCAGUUGAACAGAGGGUAGAUAUCAAAUAUUUUCUUACAGGAAACUACAUUCUUAAUUAUGUGGCAUCACAACCCAAGCUGGUGCCCUUUGUUAUCCAAGCUCUAAUUCAAGUCAUUGCUAAAAUCACCAAAUUGGGAUGGUUUGAGGUUCAGAAAGACCAGUUUGUCUUCAGAGAAAUUAUUGCUGAUGUGAAGAAGUUCCUUCAGGGUACUGUGGAGCACUGCAUAAUAGGAGUAAUUAUCCUUUCAGAGCUGACUCAGGAAAUGAACCUGGUUGAUUAUUCUAGACCUUCAGCAAAACACAGAAAAAUAGCUACCUCAUUUCGUGACACUUCUCUCAAAGACAUUUUAGUGCUAGCAUGCUCUCUUUUAAAAGAGGUGUUGGCCAAACCUUUAAAUCUUCAGGAUCAAGGUCAACAAAAUCUAGUAAUGCAGGUCUUGAAACUGGUCCUCAACUGCCUUAACUUUGACUUCAUUGGCAGUUCAGCAGACGAAUCUGCCGAUGAUCUUUGCACAGUGCAGAUUCCAACAACCUGGAGAACAAUUUUCCUGGAACCAGAAACAUUGGAUCUUUUCUUCAAUUUGUAUCAUUCACUUCCACCACUACUAUCUCAAUUAGCACUUUCAUGUUUAGUUCAGUUUGCUUCUACAAGAAGGUCCUUAUUUAGCAGUCCUGAACGUGCCAAGUACCUUGGUAAUUUAAUUAAGGGAGUAAAAAGGAUACUUGAAAACCCUCAGGGUUUGUCUGAUCCAGGUAAUUAUCAUGAAUUUUGCCGAUUUUUGGCUCGUUUAAAGACAAAUUAUCAGCUGGGAGAAUUAGUUAUGGUGAAGGAAUAUCCUGAAGUUAUCAGAUUGAUUGCUAACUUUACCAUUACUAGCCUGCAGCAUUGGGAAUUUGCUCCCAACAGUGUUCAUUAUUUAUUAACUCUGUGGCAAAGGAUGGUAGCAUCAGUUCCUUUUGUGAAAUCAACUGAGCCCCACUUAUUAGACACUUAUGCACCAGAAAUCACGAAGGCCUUUAUCACUUCUCGCUUGGAAUCUGUUGCCAUAGUUGUGAGAGAUAAUUUAGAUGAUCCACUGGAUGACACUGCUACUGUGUUUCAGCAGCUCGAACAGUUGUGCACUGUCAGCAGAUGUGAAUAUGAAAAGACGUGCACUCUUCUUGUACAGUUGUUUGACCAAAAUGCGCAGAAUUACCAAAAGCUUCUUCAUUCAGCUUCUGGGAUAACUGUGGACAUGGCAAUUCAGGAAGGACGUCUUGCAUGGCUGGUAUACUUAGUUGGGACAGUUGUUGGAGGAAGGUUAACCUAUACCAGUACAGAUGAACAUGAUGCUAUGGAUGGAGAAUUAUCCUGUCGAGUUUUUCAGCUUAUAUCUUUAAUGGAUACCGGAUUACCUCAGUGUUCUAAUGAGAAAAUAGAGCUUGCAAUUCUGUGGUUCUUGGAUCAGUUUCGUAAAACAUAUGUUGGUGAUCAACUUCAAAGAACCUCAAAGGUUGUACGCCUGAGGAGUGAUGUGUCCCGAGUUCCAGAGAAGGCUUGGAAAUUAGUCAAGGUAUAUGCCCGUAUGUCAGAAGUUUUAGGAAUAACAGAUGACAACCAUGUUCUAGAAACAUUCAUGACGAAAAUCGUUACAAAUCUUAAAUACUGGGGAAGAUGUGAGCCUGUGAUUUCAAGGACUCUUCAGUUCCUAAAUGAUCUUUCUGUUGGCUAUAUCCUUUUAAAAAAACUUGUGAAGAUAGAUGCUGUGAAAUUCAUGCUAAAAAACCACACGAGUGAACACUUCCCCUUCCUUGGCAUCAGUGACAGUUACAGUCUCAGUGACUUCAGGUGCCGAACAACCUUCUACACGGCCCUCACUCGCCUUCUGAUGGUAGACCUAGGCGAAGAUGAAGACGAAUUUGAGAAUUUCAUGCUGCCUCUUACAGUCUCUUUUGAAACGGUAUUACAAAUAUUCAACAACAACUUUAAACAAGAAGAUGUAAAGCGUAUGUUGAUCGGGCUGGCAAGAGAUCUUCGAGGGAUUGCCUUUGCACUGAACACAAAGACCAGCUACACCAUGCUGUUUGACUGGAUGCUUUAUAAAAGGUACCCAACGUAUCUUCCCAUUCUUCAGAGGACUAUCGAACGGUGGUAUGGAGAGCCAGCAUGCACAACUCCCAUUCUGAAACUUAUGGCAGAACUGAUGCAAAACAGAUCCCAGCGUUUGAAUUUUGACGUAUCAUCUCCUAAUGGAAUUCUUCUCUUCAGAGAAGCUAGUAAAAUGAUUUGCACUUAUGGUAAUCAGAUCCUGUCCCUUGGGAGCCUCUCAAAAGAUCAGAUUUAUCCAAUGAAACUCAAGGGCAUCUCCAUCUGCUAUUCAGCUCUGAAAUCUGCCUUGUGUGGAAAUUAUGUCAGCUUUGGCGUCUUCAAGUUGUAUGGGGACAACCAUUUUGACAAUGUACUCCAGGCCUUUGUCAAAAUGCUGCUGUCAGUGUCCCACAGUGACUUGCUACAAUAUCGGAAACUGAGCCAGUCUUAUUAUCCACUCCUGGAGUGUCUCACCCAGGACCACAUGAGCUUCAUCACCAACUUAGAGCCUCCUGUACUGCUGUAUGUUCUCACAUCUAUCUCCGAGGGACUCACUACUCUUGAUACAGUUGUCUCCUCCAGCUGCUGUACCAGUUUAGACUACAUCGUCACCUACCUCUUCAAGCACAUAGCAAAAGAGGGCAAGAAGCCACUUCGAUGCAGAGAGGCCACCCAGGCCGGUCAGAGACUCUUACAUUUUAUGCAGCAAAAUCCAGAUGUCCUACAGCAGAUGAUGUCUGUCCUCAUGAACACCAUUGUCUUUGAAGACUGUCGGAACCAGUGGUCAGUAUCCAGGCCUCUCCUGGGGCUCAUCCUGCUAAACGAGAAGUAUUUCAGCGAACUGAGGGCAAGCCUGAUCAACAGCCAGCCUCUCCCCAAGCAGGAGGUCCUGGCCCAGUGCUUCAGGAACCUGAUGGAAGGCGUGGAACAGAGCCUGUCCACCAAGAACAGAGACAGGUUCACCCAGAACCUAUCCGUCUUCAGAAGAGAUGUGUCAGAGGCCCUGCGGACUGAUGGCAGCACCGAGCCGUGCAGUCUGGAUAUGAUGAGCUGACCGCCUUCCCUGACCAUGUGCCGAGCAGCCUUUACCAAGAGACUCUUGUGGGUCCGGAUCCCAGGACAGCAAUGUCGGCUAGCCCAGGAGAAUCUAUUUUUCAAAACAAACAACAACAAAAACCCUACCUUUUAUAAGUCUGGCCUAAUUAUAAGAAUUUAUAACAGUGCACAAACAAUGUAAAUUCAGUCUUUACAUUGAAAAAAAGCAAAAGAUGUGUUUUCAGUCUUUCUAAAAAAUAGCAUUAUCUUUGUUCUUACAAAUGCUCCGAAAGGGUGUAGAAACAAUAUUUAACCAAAGAACUUAAUAAACCAGGUUUGAACUUAA